UGAAACCGGCAGAAAACUGCUACAAACCUAACUUUAAUAAUUAAGAUCUAAAGAUGUGUGUUCUGUGCACUGUACAUAUUUACAUAGUACAUACUUUUAUUCCACGUAUUUUUGAAUUUCACAUUUUGCAUUCAACUUUUCAAAAAAAAGUAUUGCACCCUUGCAAUUAUUAGAUAUUAUUUUUGAUUCGGCACACUUUGUUAACCCUGUAUAUACGACAGUUGAGAAUACUUUGAACUUUUGUUAGUAUAAAUGUUAUAUUGGUAGUAUAAAUGUAAUAAUAUAGCUGUUUAUAUACAAGAUGUGUGAAAAUAUCAGAAAAUUGUACUCAAAUAAUCAGACUAUUAAGUUUAAAUAAUUCUAGUUUUUUCCCUCAAAUUUACUGAACGACUUCAUCGAACUUAUCCUACCUCGGUUUCACCAAUUUUUUUAUUCAAAGUUUUUGAUUUAAUAAUGCCAAAUAAAAUUUUUAUUAAUCACAGUCCACAACUGAUUUUUCUCCAAAGAUCUAAUUUUAUUUUUUUUUCGCCCUGCUAAUGAAUUGAUUACUAGCACAUUGUAUUAUUGCUACGGAUAAAGUACAAUGAAUUGUAUUCGAGAAGGAACACAACAAAAUUUAUUUUCCCCAUUAAUAUUAUUUUUACUAUUUGUUUGUAACCAAUGUGAUCACAGUUAACAAUGAUCGGUCAAUAAUAGAAGAUUUUGUUUUUUAAAUAAUAAAUUGAUUUUUUUUUCAGAGAAAUAGUUGAAAAUGUGUUCAUUGUUACAUAUAUCUCAGCAAUUCUAAUUAGUUGUAGAAAAAGCCAAAUGACCAAAUUAGCUAUUAAAAAUGAAUCCCGGUUCAGUGUGUAAAGGAAUACCAUAGCUACUGGUUUACUGAUAUCAAGAAAUAUGAACCAGUUCACAGGAUUAAGGUCAAAUCUUGCAAAUAUUCAAUAUCUGAAGGCUGCAAGUGGAGAAAGAUUAGCCUAUGAGAAGAUUGAUGGAUCUCCGAACCUUCCAACCCUUCUUUACAUUCCUGGAUACGGAUCAGGGAAGGAUGGUGAUAAGGUUGUAUUUUUGAAAUCUGUUGCUGCUGAGAUUGGGUGCGGAUUCAUCAGAUACGACCCAUUUGGAUUAGGUAAAAAAUAACCAAUAAAUCCAUAAAUAUCCCGAAAACUAU